AUGUGGACCAGCAGGAGGUUCGCCCAUGUGCGCCACUUGACUCCCUUCAUUGAUGGAGAGGGAAUCAUCAGAGUGGGUGGCCGACUGGCUCAAUCGCCUGCAAACUACGAUGCCCGCCAUCCAAUUCUUCUGCCCAAGUGUCGCCUCGCCACGAUUAUCGCCACCCACACACACAAGAAUAACAUGCACGCGGGACCACAACUGCUUCUGGCCACUCUGCGUCAGAAAUAUUGGCCGCUGGGAGGAAGAAAUCUGACCAGAAACGUCGCUCGCUCAUGUGUUGUGUGCUGGAAAACCAAGCCGAUCCGACAGGAGCAGAGAAUGGGAGAUCUUCCCACGAGUAGGACAGAUCACGUGGCUCCAUUCAAAGUGUGUGGCAUCGAUUUCUGCGGCCCAGUCCUCACGCGUCCUAGCUACAAGAGAGGAGGUACAUCAUAUAAGACGUACAUUUGCGCCUUUGUCUGCUUCACGACGAAAGCCAUUCACCUGGAAGUUGUCGGCAGUCUCUCAUCCGAGGGCUUCGUCGCUGCGCUGCGGAGAUUCGCGGCCAGGAGAGCUGCUCCAAGCGACAUCUUCUGCGAUAAUGUCACCAAUUUUCGCGGAGCCAGCGCAGAGUUGGCAAAGUUUCUGCGAGACAUCCAGUCAUUGCCAGACGUCGUUUUAGAGGCAGCCCCCAAGGGCAUCAAUUGGCACUUCGCGCCACCAAGAUCUCCUCAUCAUGGCGGACUUUAUGAGGCGGCGAUCAAGUCCCUCAAACAUCACUUAGCCAGAGAAGUUGGACAGACUAUUCUCACAUUCGAGGAGUUGAACACCAUCGUAGCACAGAUCGAAGCCAUCCUCAAUAGCAGACCAAUCACGCCACUCUCCGAGGAUCCAAAUGAGAUGUUCGCGUUGACUCCUGGCCACUUUUUAGUGGGACGCCCACUGAACGCGCUCCCGGAUCAGACGCUCAUAGAUGUUGCGCCAAAUCGUCUCUCCAGAUGGCAACUUUGCCAGAAGAUUCUGCAGCACUUCGCCCAUCGUUGGAGGAAAGAAUAUCUCCAUCUUCUUCAGAAGAGAGUCAAAUGGACGCAGGAAGCGGACAACUUGAAGAUUGGAGACAUCGUUCUCAUCGGCGACGAUUCAAUGGCCACACAUCAAUGGCCAAUGGGCAUCAUCGAGGAGCUUCAUCCGGGCAGAGAUGGACGAUGCAGAGUCGUCACGAUCAGGACAGCAAGGGGUAAAUACAAAAGGGCAGUUCAGAGGCUGUCCAAAUUGCCCAUCGAGGGACUCCCGCCCUCAUCAUCGGCCCCCCCAGGAUGUUGA